AUGCCGCCUCCACCAGCAUCAAUUCACUUGACGACCAAAGCGCAGAGGAUCCUCGGAACCUCGGAACCCUACCUCGGCUCGCUUGCGGUGCCCGCGUGGGAGACACAGUCGAACUCGGGAAUCAGCAUUGCAGUUACCGAGACAACAGGCGGGGCCCGGGGCCAUGGCGCGAAACAAGUUGGAAGAGUCGCCUCGGGGGAUUCGCGAGAGAAGCGAUGGGAGCAGGAGUCAGACGUCAUACCGUCGGUUUUGAUCAGGCACCCUGAUAUCGUUGGUUCCAUGGUCCCUGACGGCGCAACGGAUGCAUCGAGCCUGCGGCGGCGGCAGUCAAGUUCAACCAUCACAUCUUAUUAUGACAAAUCCAAACAGCCGCUUUCCAUAUCUCAACAAACAUCAAACUCGGCCAUGGCGAAGGGGCUUCCAGCGAAAGCCCAGGCCCUGCUGGACAUUGACGGUGAGCUCACGGAAUCCGGCCAAGCUAUGAAGGCGAAGAAAAAGCCUUCGAGGCUGGAUUUGUCGGCCUUGCUGCAGAAACACAGGUCACCAAAGCAUCUUCAUCCCGAUGUUACCAGGGGUCACCUUCUUGGGCAUGACAUGUUCACCAAAUCCCCGUCCAAUUUGUCUGCGUCACCCGCACCGACUCCGCCACCAGUGCAGCAGCGGACGGACCACGGCAUCAGGAAGAAGCCCACAAAAGAGUCGCUGAGAGAGAAUUCGGCGCAACAAGCCUCGCCGUAUGGCGCCGCGAGCUGGGCAGACGGCGGUAAGGAGCAGCCCACCAAGGCUAGCUUGGAGCUGUACCAUCUCUACGACCACUACGAGCAGAGAAGUUUUGCGGACGCCAUGGAUCAGGAGUUCCAGGGCAGUGACUUCCAUCUGGAGCCUCCCACCUCCACCGCCCCCGCUGGCAACGCGUUUCUCUCCCCUUUCGCAACCAAUGCAUCGCGAUCUGCUCAUGCCUCUAAACAGCCGCCAGUGGCGGCUGUCGAGCUGAGGUUGGUGGGUGUUGGGACGCCCUCGAGCCCGGUGCCGGGUGACUGUGCCAGCGUGUCGAGCAGGCACACCAGGACAUCCAAAGCAUCCAAGCGGACGGACCGGAGUCUCCAGGAGCUCGACCUGCUUCAGAAUAGCGUCUUGGCACUCUCAUCGGACUCGGAAGAUGACUACGAGCUCUCGUCCAAGGGCUCCCUCGCCGUCCCAGCACUGAGCGAUGGGCAAACGAGUCCGACAAGCCCCCGAUCUCCGAUAUCUCAGACGAGCGUGGUGGCAUAUGAGGGGACCCGGGGCAAACCAGCGAAACGCGCAAGCUUUGGCCUAAGCCCCCACCACUUCCCUGGCAACCAGGGGUCUGCAACUGGGAAAGGUCCCAAGAUCGCCCCACGAACGAGCUCCCUGAACUCCCAAGCGUCGGCGAAGUCGGGCCAUGCUUUGGUCCACGAGACAUCUCGGCUAUCAAUUCGCACUACCUCGACGGACCGUACAGUUUCUCAUGCGUCAGGAUCUGGCCUUCCCAAAGCAAGCAUGGCCAACAAAGCGCCAAGAAAGGUGCGUAGCGAGUCGCAGUUCGACUUCCCAGCCCCGCCAGUAAACCGGGGCGGUCGGUCAGGGUGCGCUUCCCGAGCAUCGGAACACUCAACCCCGGUGUCGCCUACCAGCGUGGACAUUCCAGUUUACAUGCAAAGCCUACCGUCGCCACCGAGUCUCGACAACGGAUCGAUACGCAGCGGGACGAGCUUGGGCAGUGCCGCAAACCGCCGCAACAGCGCGGCCAGCAGCAUCCACGAUGGUAGCAGCGGACGGUUCAUGGCGGUCACGCGACAGGAGGAGAUGCUGCUAGCGGCGCUCCGAAUGAAACGGGCGCGAAUGCGGGAGGACAUCAUCGCAGAAUUUGAAGAGGAGAUGGACCGGGAGGAACAUCAACUCAGCCGCCAGGUGACCAACGAAAGCAUCUGCACAGCCGGCAGCAUGUCGAGGCAGUCCUCGAGGAGCACGAUGCGCCAAGAGGUCGGGGCAUUGAGCGCGCGGCCACGACAACAAAACCAAGCAAACGCAGCCGAGAAGAAGGGCAUGGGGGAGCCAUUGACGCUCCAGAUUGACCGGAGAUCGUACGAACCGUCUCUGCGUACGCCAGCUUCGGAUAACAGCAACUUCAUCCAUGUUGACGAAGGCAUCGCCAUGCCAGGCCCCGGCGGGCUCGAGCGGAAUAACAGCAGAGCAAGCUCGACCAACAGUCCGAAGUCUGGUUCGACGAGGCAGCGAGCGUCGUUAAGCGCCUUGGCAGCGCCUGCACCGCGGAGGCCGCACCGGAGGGAUGCCGGUGCUUCUCGGCGGGUGUCGGAACAAGCCAGUCCAAAGGGGCAAAAUGAUCUGCCCCACCGGAUAUUGGAGGAUCCGGCGGAAGACGACGAUGUUGGGAUCCCACGGCCCGAUUCGCCCAUCUCGCCGGCCGACUUCCCAACACCAGUGUCGAUCAAGAACAAGAAGCAAGUGAGGUUGAGCGCGGUGGGCUUCUACAAGCCCGCCACGGAGACAGGGUGGUAG